UGCGAAUCGUGAUUCUGUUGAGCUCGCACUGACUCCAGAUAAAUAUACAUAUACAUAUACAAAUGCAUAUUAAUUUAUGUAUAUAUACAACAGAUACUCUAUUUCAAUUGUGAAUAUAUUAUCCGUUUAAUUAUUUCAUUUUCGCUAAAAUUUCAUUUUUCUCCUACUAUAUUUUCAAAUCACAUUGUACAUCGUGAUAAUUUUCGCGGGCAACUGUUUUAAUUUGUCAAUCAAUCACUCGAUAAAUUAAAUAAUGAUAAUUAGUUUACUGUGUCUGUUCAGUGUGACAGUGUGGGUGUCAAUGUGAGUGGAUUUAAAUAAUAAUAAUAAUAAACAUUGUAGCUAAUACGGAAAAAUCGGUAGUUCUGUGACGGUCAAACGAGUACUCAGCUGGAAAACAUUAUAUUAGCAAUUCUUGGCCGCGCAAUCGCUUGGAACCGGUUCGACAACCGAUAUUCUUUUUUUGUUUUCAUAUAUAUAUUUAUAUUUUAUACUAGCUGGGUUAGUGAUCUUAUUUUUAUGUCUGUUCUCGUGUGUAAAUUUUUCAGUUAUAUAAAAUUCUUUGGAUCCUUUCACACUUGAGUGAGCUUGUGCAUCUGUUUGGAUCGUCCCUUGUACGACUUUAAAUAAUAAUAAGACUAGGAGAAAAGUUAUAAAACGAAUAACAAGAGGAUAAAAAAAUUAAAAAAAAAAAAAAAAUCAAGAGAGGAAGAAAAAUAAAUUUAUAAAUAAUUGCUGAAUAGAAAUGUUUUAUUGUCAGACUUUUAGUUGUUAUUUUCAACGUAUUUAGUUUUUAAUUGUUAAGUUUUAAUCCCUGUUCAUUGUUAUUCGAAAGCCUUUUCAUUUUUUUAUAACUAUUGUGAUAUUUAUUUUUAUUUUUUAUCUGUGAUUUUUAACAUUGUUAAUUACUGAUUAUGAUAAUCGAAUAAUAUUAGAGAUAAAUUUAAUUCUCUUUAUUUGUCGGGGUGAAUUCUAGUGAACAAGUCGUUAUUAAGUUUAGCAGAAGUAGUGAAUCGAAUUGAUGGAACUUUGAAUCAAAUCCUUUGAGGUCGUCGCUAAAAGUUUUUUAAAUAGAAAAAAAGGAAAAAAAAAAAAUCAGGAACAGAAACGUAAAAGCCAAACGAUUUCCUCUACUUAAAUUCCAUUAUUUCUGCAGGUAAUAUAAAAAAUAAAUGAACAGCUACUGAAAUUUUCGGUCAGUCGUUAAUAAUUAACAAUCGUCGAUGCAUUAUUAAAAGGAUUAAUGGAACAUAUCUGGAAAUCCGUGUAAGGACACAUCAAAGUUUAAUACUUUGAAAGAGAAACGUUAAAGUCUGAAAGGAUUUAAAUAUUUGAAGGAAAGACUGAAGACAAUGGUAGCUGCAAAUUUGAAAGAUCAAAAGUUUACGAGAGACUGUUUGGAUGGGUACGGUGAUGCGUGGCACUACUAAAUGCGAUCUGGCGAAAAUUCCCUCUUAUCCUGACAAAGCUCUAGGUAAAUGUAUAUACAUACAUAUAUACAUAUAUAUAUUCAUCAAAUCAGCGGUAAUCGAGUUAGAUCACGGCAGCCAUUGUGGUCCUAGAGGUAGAGAGUACGGCCGGAAAGUCGACUAAAACUUUGCCAACAUGAAUGUGUGUCGGCAGGAUUGGAUUAUCUACGCUUGUCUUAUUUGGUUUCUCAUUGAAACUGGAGCAGCCGGUCGUGUCUUUGAUGUGCCUGACCCAAUAGUAAAUCACGUUCUUGCGGACGCAGGACAAAAUGUAACACUGGAGUGCCCUGGUGUAACGGAACGCUCUGUUGUUUCGAGGCUUGUAUGGCGCGCUAAUGAUUAUCAAAUUGUCGAGUACGGUAGCCAGAGUAUCACCUAUUUUGUUCAUCACAACCGAAUCAUACUUUCGGACAAAAACUUUACGCUGUUCUUUCGGCCAGUGCAAUCUGAAGACAGUGGCGAGUACCAGUGCAUCGUUAAUAGCCGAAAUAUUCCAGAAGUUAUCGUAAAUCUCACCGUCCAAGAUGUACCAGAUCCGCCGGGACGUCCUAUCGCCACUAACUUCACAUCACGCUCUGUAACAAUCUCAUGGGCGCCAAGCGAGAAUUCCCACAACAAUCCAAUUUCACACUACAUAAUCAAUGUCAGAGUCGGUGAAAAUGGUCCUUGGGAUCAUCAAGAAAUAAUAACUUCAAAUAAUGACACUAAAUACUACAUGGACAAUCUGUUGCCGUUUACAUCUUAUAGUUUCCGAGUAACUGCUGUUAAUGCACGAGGACGCAGCGCUCCGAGCGUUUCGUCUCAUUACAUAACAACAUUACGAGAAGCUCCAGCUGGAAAACCGACAAUCGUAACAGCUCAAAACAUUUCAGCGACGGCCAUCCUGAUUACAUGGAAACCGCCGAGUCUGGAUACACUAAAUGGUGAAUUUCUCGGUUAUCGUAUAUCCUAUCGCCCCAGGCGAAAAGGAAGUGACAUCAAAGAGAUUUACAUACGCAAUCGAAAAAUAGAGAGACAUAUUAUUCAAAACCUGGAAACGUAUACACAGUAUACUGUAUGGUUGCAAGUAUUUAAUCCCGAAGGUACUGGUCCCAAUACAUCUGUUACCGUUAUGACCGACGAAGGAGUUCCAAGUACACCAUUGAGAUUAACGGCCUAUGGAAUAAAUUCAUCCUCCGUAGAGCUGUCAUGGUCAGAGCCACAGCAUAAAAAUGGAAUAAUCCUUGGGUAUCGUGUGUUUUACAUGCACUCGAAUUUUACAGAAGUCAAAACAUUGAAAAAGAACAACGAAACCAUUGAUUUUCUUCUCAAUGAUCUAAAACCAAUGACUGAAUACAAAAUAUGGGUUAAGGCAUUUACGUGGAAGAACGAGGGCGAACCAUCUGAUCACAUUAUUCAAAAGACUGAUGUUGCAGGACCAAGUGCUCCUGUAAUACUAAAUUUAACUUGCCAAGCUCACGACGCUAUUUACGUCUACUGGGCACGUCCUCAAACUUUUUGGAAUUCAAUUGACUAUUAUUACAUAAUGUAUCGUAAUGACCAAUAUAAAAAGUAUGACGAAAUUGAAAUUCCUACCACCAAAGAGCAUCUCAACAGUGGGAUAAUAAUACCAAACCUUACUAUGAAUACCAUUUACGAAAUAAUGGUCUGCGCUGGUACCAAUAGCACAAUAAAUCAGCAUCACGUAGUACGUGGCAACUGUAGUCAACCAAAAACGCAACGAGUGGAACGUAAUUGUGAUAAAACACCACCAUUAAUGCGGCGUAGCUCUGAAGAAUUGAGUACCGGCGUAAUUGCGGGUAUGAUUUGUGCUUGUAUCGCCGUUAUGUUGGCUAUUACAGCUUUAAUAUUGUGGAGGCGUGUUUUCAGGAAAUGUUUCCAAACAGCCUACUGCUUUUUGGAUUAUCCGCCGCGUAAUGUGCAAACACAUCAGGAAUGGGAAAAUAGUAAACAAGAUGGUGAAAGGACAGCUGUUCCUGUUUCACAAUAUGUUCAGCAUGUAGCGGCAUUACAUGCCGAUGGUGACAUUGGUUUCAGUAAAGAGUUUGAAUUAUUUCCAAAAGAGACAGAACUUUAUAUAGCUGACAAUUCUAAAUCUGCUGAAAAUCAGUCCAAAAAUCGCUACGGAAAUAUUAUUGCAUAUGAUCAUUCACGAGUGAGAUUAUUACCUUGCAAUGGAAGUCCGUCAAAUAAAGGACAAGAUUAUAUAAAUGCAAAUUAUAUCGAUGGAUGGCAACGUGCUCGCGCAUAUAUUGGAACGCAAGGACCAUUGCCCGCAACGAUCGACAGCUUUUGGCGAAUGGUGUGGGAGCAACGCGUAUCAAUAAUCGUUAUGAUAACAAAUUUAGUGGAGCGUGGUAGACCUAAAUGUGACAUGUACUGGCCUAAAGAGGGGACUGAGACCUACGGCAAUGUCCAAGUAACGUUGAUAAAAGAAGACGUCAUGGCGACAUACACAAUAAGGACACUGCACAUCAGACACAUGAAGAUAAAGAAGAAAAAGAACGGUAGCAACAUUGGAGAGCGUACUGUUUAUCAGUAUCACUACACCGGUUGGCCAGACCACGGUGUUCCGGACCAUCCACUUCCUGUUCUCAGUUUCAUCAGAAAGUCAUCUAGCGCUAAUCCGCCGUCAGCUGGUCCAAUUAUUGUCCACUGCAGCGCCGGAGUUGGACGCACCGGGGCGUACAUAGUUAUUGACGCGAUGCUGAAACAAGCCAAAUCAAAGGGAGAGAUAAACGUUUUCGGGUUUUUAAAACACAUACGUACUCAGCGUUAUUCAUUGGUGCAAACUGAAGAGCAGUAUAUAUUUAUCCACGAUGCUCUGCAGGAAGCCAUCGACAGCGGAGAGACAAACAUUCCUAUUGAUAAUCUCCUACAGCAUGUACAAGAGAUGCUGUCUCCUGAUAACAACAAAACCGAUCCGUGGAACAAUAUUGAGAUGCAGUAUAAAUUAGUCACCUCUUGGAAGCCCAAGGACUUUAAUUUAGUAUCCUCUAGCAAAGCAUUCAAUCAACAUAAAAAUCGGAAUCAAGAGAUUGUUCCUAUUGAAAAUUCACGGGUACAUCUUACGCCAAAGGCUGGAAUUGAUGGCAGUGAUUACAUAAAUGCUACUUGGUUUGCUGGCUUUCAUAAAAAUCGUGAAUUUAUUCUGACCCAACAUCCGCUGAACACAACAAUAAAAGAAUUUUGGCAAAUGCUCUGGGAUCAUAAUGCUAAAACUAUUGUGAUGUUGACGCAGUGCGACGACAAUGACUAUCCAGAAUUUUGGCCGAACGAAGGGGAAGAAUUGAAAACUGACAAUUUUCGCGUUCAACUUUGUGCUAUUAAAAAAACAGUCAGCGGUGUUGUUUUGAGAGAGGUUGUUAUUCGCUCGCUUCAGGAUGAUUAUGAAUUAAGCGCACGUAUUGUACAAGGACCUGUUAAUCAUAAUGGGUUGUGGCCACACAAUGACAAUCCCAAGGCGUUUGUUGGUAUGAUACAAGAUUUUCAUAAAGAAUAUCAAAACGGACCUAUUGUUGUUAUGGACAGGUAUGGCGGUAUUGAGGCAGCAUUAUUUAUUUUGUUAACAACCCUGAUGAAGCAAAUAGAAUUUGAAAAAAGUGCUGAUAUUUAUAUGUUUGCUAAAUUACUUUACAUGAAGAGACCUGGAAUAUUUAGAUCAAAGGAGGAUUACGUACUAGUGUACAAGUGCUUAGAAUCAGUAUUAACAUCAAAAACCCGAGUUGAACCGGACUUGUACACAAUGACAAACGGUCAUGUUAAUUGUAUAAAUCCAAACGAGAGUAUUAAUUUUAAAUCAACAACGAUAUUACCAACAAUUGGCGGAGAGCAGCAUAUUGUAGGACAAUUACCGGUAAAAAAUGUUGUUGGUAUUCAUGAGUACGCAUCAGUUGAAAUGCCGGUGGAAUAUGCAACAGAUUAUGUUAAUAAUCAAAAUCAUCUAAGUCAUAUCAACAACGAGCGUGGGUGUCCAACAAUCGAUGGAUGUGCAGAUUACGGCGAUCACCAUAUAUUAUCAGACAAUGCAGGAUUACCGCUGCGUAAUCAGAAUUACGUCAAUCAUCCUGGUGUACCAGGGUGUCCCGGGGUUGUUUCGGUUGGAGGUGUCGCUCCUGGUCUGCCAAUCACUGAUCCAAAUGGUUAUAUUACAAAUGGUAAUAUGCGAAUACCACCCGAAGGUAUGGAAUCAACAUGUGCUAUUAUUCCUCAAUGAUGGAGGCAUUCCGCGUCUCACGCUCAAAAUAUAACUCUGUCUGAUGGUACCUUGUUGGGACAUCCUGUCAAUUUAUAUAAUAACGACAUUAAUAUAAAUACUAACACUGUUGAUCCAACGCAAAUAAAUUAUUCCAAUAAUCAAUUUGGGUAUAGCUGGCAUGGCUACUAUACAACUAUGAGAGUAACUCAUAA